AUGCGUCUCCUAAACAAGCUUCUGAUGGUUACCGCUGCCGCUGGCUGUCUCCUAGCCACGGCCACAGCCGUACCUAGCCUCGGAUUUGCCCCCGUAAACGAACAGGCACUGAGUGGCCAUCGGGCAUUGCGAGGGGAUUUGCUGACUAAGAGGACGCAAACAUACAGGAACUCGACGGUGAUCAACAAGAACUACAUCGACAAGAGUUGUUUAGAGGCCAUCCCAAAAGCCACAACCAAUGAAUUGAGCGCCGAUGUCAGGGCCACUGUCGUGUGUAAAACCUGCUACGUCAAGUUCACCGCAACGGCGGAGCUGGUCAUACCGGAUGCGUCCGACGCCAGCUCGGUCAUUAUUUCGCAGGCACAAUCGUAUGCCAACGGGGUUGAAAACAUGACAGCACAGGUCGUUGAAGACAUUGAAAACUCUGUUUCGAAUCUCACAAUGGCCACGUUCAAGACCGACAUCAAAAACUUUCCGAUGCCUACAGUCGACCUCGACUUUGAUUUCAAAAUUAGCAGCAUUCCAGAGUGCCAGGUCACCUACACGUUUGACCAGCUCGAGGUGUUUGUGCAGUUGCAGACGAAUAUUACCGGCAAGGCCAGCUAUGAGCAAACCCUGUACAAAUCCGAAGUACCGUUGGACAUAAAUGUUGGUGACAACCUUGAGCUCAAGGUCACGGUGUUCGUGAGCCUUUUCAUAGACGUCGACGGGGCUGUGAAUCGUGAGACCGGCUUCCACGUCAAGCUGGCCGACGGCUUGGCUAUGACCGUCGACUUCUUUGGAAAAAGCGUGUCCAACAUUGAUUUCGACGUCACUAUCUUUGGUAUCGACAUCCCUUUCUACGCCGGUGUCGGCUUCUCCCUUUUUGCCGACAUCGCCGACUUUACUGUCAGGGUUAGAAAUAAUGUCGACAACUGCGCUGUGCUUGCUGAAGAGAUCUUCCAGUAUGCUAUUGGCGCCAACGCUGGCGUCGAGUUGGAAAUCGGCGGUCACACCUGGAAUCCACCUCCUCUUAAAGCGUUGCUGCCUGUGUGGGAAACCAUUGCCAGCCAGUGCGCCCCUACCACGUUGUCGAGCAUAACGGCCACGGCUGCCAUUGCUGCCGUGGCCAAUGGGGCCAGCGACUCCGUCACCUCCACCAUCAGAACCACCUUUACGUACUUGGCUGUCGGCUGCCGCUCGGCUGGCCUUGUGAACUGCCCGGUGUCGCUGCAGUCGACCACCGUGGUCACAGCCGAAAGCACCAGCGUCACAGUGGUGCCCCUGGGUUCGGACGCUACAUGGCCAGAGUCAACAGCCACCGCUGUCACGCCCAUUGCGUUCGGAACCAACGCCAAGCCCAUCAGCCUGUUCGUUUCUGGCACGCCGACGUCCUUUGUGUCGACUGCCACGGCCUCCAGCAGCAGUGUCAGCAGCGGCAACAGAGGUAACAGCGGCAACAGCAGCAGCAAGGCCGAUGGCACCUCAUCCGACCACCAUGGCCUGUCUCCAGAAAACAAGAGAGUCGUCAUCGGGGUGACUGUCGGCGUGGGUGUGCCCUUGCUGGCGGGCAUCUCAGUGUGGAUUAUCUUCUACAUCAGAAGGUAG